CCCCACGCACGGAAUAAAGCAGCUUGGAGCAAGUUGAGUAUGGGUUCUGCAAUGGGGCGUCAGGCAAGCCGCCAAGGUCGACUGGGGCGGCUGCUUUCGCGGAAAAGAGGGCGAACUCCAGCAGUGCAAUCAGCUAGAGCCCCCCGGCAACAACAACAACCACUGGCAGAUCCAGUCAUACACGAAGCUGACAACCCACUGCUGUCGAGACUAAAAGACGUGUAUGUCGACUCAUCUUUGACCACCAUCACGCAAGACAAUCCGUUUGCCUCGGAAGUGACAAAAAAACCGGACAACCUUCCUCAGAACCGCUCGGCCUACUACGGCGACAUUUUUUCCGUCGAAUCCAGCUCUGACGGACGCCUCACCUACGCCGAAAUCCUGGAAAUUCUCAACAAGAGAGAGUCUGAGACCAAGGAGUCUUGGACGCCGGAAAAUAUCGCUGACAAGUACAAUAUAAAGCCGGCAGACGCCGAACAAUUGAUGAGAUACUUCAGUGCUUAUAAAACGUCACCACCGGAAAAGUGAAAGGAGUAUGAUAUUAUUAUAAUAUCGCAGUUUCUCACUGUCUCAAUUAUGUUAUGUAUAAUUACGGUCGGUGAAUGAAGCAGGCACACCUAUUCGCCUGAUUGCGUGGUUUUUUCAGUACGGC